CGCUGUGCUAAGCGCCGGCGGGGGGAAGACCCGGGCUCGUCGGCCGGUCCCCCGGGAGGCUCCCGGGCUUCAGAGGAGGGAACUGAGGCCCCCAGAAUAAUCCGAAGAAUAAAUAGCAACAGCAUGAAUCAAGAAAAGCUCGCCAAGCUCCAGGCUCAGGUCCGGAUAGGAGGGAAGGGGACCGCGCGCAGAAAGAAGAAGGUGGUGCACCGGACGGCUACGGCGGACGACAAAAAACUUCAGAGUUCUCUCAAAAAGCUGGCCGUGAAUAACAUCGCCGGGAUCGAAGAGGUCAACAUGAUCAAGGACGACGGGACGGUCAUCCACUUCAACAACCCCAAGGUGCAGGCCUCCCUCUCCGCCAACACCUUCGCCAUCACGGGUCACGCAGAGGCCAAACCCAUCACGGAAAUGCUCCCGGGGAUCUUGAGCCAGCUCGGCGCCGACAGCUUGACGAGCCUUCGGAAGUUGGCCGAGCAGUUCCCGCGACAAGUCUUGGACAGCAAAGCACCGAAGCCCGAAGACAUCGACGAGGAGGACGAUGACGUUCCAGAUCUCGUAGAGAACUUUGACGAGGCGUCCAAGAACGAGGCGAACUGAAGUCUUCGACGGUUCUUGGGAGCUGGCAUGGACUCGAUUUAAGAAAUGGGCCGUGUGGUUCCAGAGUUUUACCCCAGCGGAGAACGUGACCUGUUAAUAGUUCAGUAAUAUAAAUAUUUUGUAUAUUAAUGAUGCUGCUCGUUCGGCAUUUUUCUGUCAGUUGAUUUUUGCAUUUUGCACUUACUCCUAGCAUCUGCUCUUUUGGUCAAAAUACGAAGUGUCGGUGCAGCUUGAGGGUCUGUGUGCGUGCGUGCGUGCGUGUAUGGGGGGGGGGGGGGGGAGGGGUGAGCGUGUGCACCCGCAAGUCCGAGUGUGCGGUUGUGUGUGUGAGCGUGUGUUUACAGUGGAGAGCACAUUGGAUAGCAGUUCUAUUUAACCUGUCUCUUUCCCUCAGAAGUAGAAAUAAAAGAAAUCUUUUAAGUCGG